AUGGGGCCUCACAAGCUCCCACUCGGGAUCUUUCCGCCGAUUGGAUCCGAUAGUCUUCUCCCGUCGUUUGGAGCGGGCUGCUUGAGGCUGCAAGAGGAGCUGGCGCAGCACAUGACAUAUGACAUUGGAGGAGAGUGCCCUGUGGAUGAUGUUUUUGCACAAAAGCUCACGCUUAAAGGGUGCGAGCCACUUCCUCGACGGAGAUGUCACCCGAAAUCUCCUUCGGGUUACAAGGAGCCAACCCCAUUUCCAGACAACCUUUGGUCAACCCCGCCGGAUAGCAGCAUCAUCUGGGAGCCUUACACUUGCAAGAACUACAAGUGCCUCAUUGACAGGAAGAACAAGCCGGGUUCAUAUGACUGCAAGGACUGUUUUGAAUUGGAGGGUAGGGAGAAAAACCGCUGGCUUUAUGACAAUGGAGGGCUGGAUUAUGCAAUAGACCAAGUUUUGGGGACGAAGCCAAAGGGGACAAUUAUUAUAUCAUCAUACAUAUAA